AGAUCGAAGAAGAAGACGAAGAAGAAGGAAAAGAGAGCAAAAAGUUAGGUCCUAAUUAUCCCUCCACUUUGGCAGAAGCUGUUGUUGAGGUAAAUAAUCGGAAGCUGUUUAGAUAAGCGUUGUUUGUUGCUUAUUGUCGUGAUUCCUGUUGGAGAGAGAAAUGGUUCAGCGCAUGUUAUGCAUAUAAAACAUUCCUAAAGCCCAAACCUUUCAUUUGCAGUUUCAUUUUCUGUGCAUGACAAAGUGGCCAAUCCGCUACUUUUACUUUUGAUUCCGACUUUGUUUGUAACACUUACAACGUUCUGACGUGUUAUGUCAAUGAAGGAUAUAUUAAACAGUUUGUGGUUUGUGAUUCAUUUAUUCCAUUUGUGAAAACUCACCAACCGGGGAUUUUUAAGGCUGUUUGUUGUUCUUUUGCUUUCGACCACAUUUCGGGAGGCAUUCCGCUCAAACUUGGACUGUAAUAUUUCACACUGACAGAUUCUAUAAAAUAUAGUUUGCAAUAUGUGAAACUGUUGUCAAAUUUAUUAUAGUAGAACAAAAAACAGCUUGAAAACUAUUACCAUUUGUGUAGUUCAGACCUGGACAGGGUUAUUCUACACUAGGGUUGUACAAAGUGCGGUUAGUGGGCCUUUUGUGGCCUGUGAAAUGCAUUUCUGUGGCCCCUCGGCUGCAACUCAAGAAUGGUACAGAUUUGGCCCUGUGGUAAGCUGAUAAUUUACACUCUUUGGAUUUUUUUAAAAUGAUUUUUCUCUGAUAUAAAUCUUCAAUUAAAAAAUGUUGUUACAACAGAGUAGUUUCCUUUGUAUUAUCUGUGUGAGGUUUUUUAUUUUUUUUAAUUUUAGUGUAAGUAGUAGGACCAAAAACAUCUGGCAUUGUUUUACUUGUCAGCAGACAGAGGCACAGCCAUUCGUUGAACUUUUUUAACAGCAAGGAUUUUGGAGGAAAAAAAAAUAAUUCUAAUUAAAAAUAAUCUAUUGAUUUUUGGUGCUAACAUUGAGGAGGUUUUGAUCCAGAAGUGAGCAUCAAGAAUAAGAUAAAGAUCUUUUCAGGUCUCCUUACAUUGGAAGAUAGUGCAAUGCAGUAAUUAUAGUGGGCUGUAAAAACUACACAGCAUGUGUAGAAAAAUCUAGAUUUGAGUGAUGACAUAUUUAUUUGGGUUUUCACAAAUUAAAGGUUUUACAAAUCACAAACUAAUCCAUCGUCUAAUCAAAACCUAAUCAAUGCUGUAUAUGCAUCGGUUGUUCAACACAAAAUGCAGUGUUCUGUUGGAAAGGUUGCAUUUUUAGUACAUUUGGUGUUGUUCAAUGUUGUACAUGUGGGAUAAACUCAUUAUAAGGAAAUAACAGGAGUUGUGUAAGUAAUCUUGUAGCUCAGUUUUUACAAACUCUAGAAGCUUUUUAUAGUUUCUAGUUAAAAAAAAACAAAAAACAGUAACUUUGCCAGUUUGAAUCUCAUUUUGCAGCAUUUGCUCCACAAAUCUAUCCUGAAUCAACUUUCCACUCCCCUAUAAGACAUUUUUAAACAUUUUCACUAUACCUGCAUAGAAAAAGCUGUAAAACUGACAUUUGUUAAUCUUAUGUUGUUGCAUGUCUUCCAUUAUUUACCCACUGGAUCGAUCAGCCAUGGCUGAAGAAGCUACAAACGUAGUUCAUCUGCUUAAAGGCCAGAAGGCAGCACUGAUAGAGAUUCUCAGAGCGGACGCAGAUUUUGUUGUGCAGUCUGCACAUUCCCUUUAUCUGGUGUCAGAUCAGGGCUACGAGAAGAUUAAAUCGUGUCGAGUUCCUAGUGAAAAGGUGCAAGAGCUUUUGGAUCAUGUUAUCAUGAGCGGCCCCAAAGCAGCACAAGGAGGACAACUCUUCCUUCAUGAAGCCUUCAAAAUUAUUGUGGAGGAAGUGCUCUGCAAAGGCACGGAUGUCAAGGAGAAGGUGUGUGAAUGGAGGGAGCCGGAGGAGCUGGCCCGGCUGCUGGAUCUGGAGCUGAGAGAGAAGGGAGAGCCACAGGAAAACCUCCUGCAGAGAGUACGAGAUGUCGCCAAGUACAGCAUUAAGACAAGUCACCCACGUUUCUUCAAUCAGCAGUUUGCUGGCGUUGACUAUCACUCUUUGGCUGGACGUUUCCUCUCCGAGGCUCUCAACACUAAUCUCUUCACUUAUGAAGUGGCACCAGUCUUUGUGCUGAUGGAGGCUGAGGUGCUCAGAGGGCUUCGUGAGCUGGUGGGCUGGACAGAAGGUGACGGCCUUUUCUGCCCUGGAGGCUCCACCUCCAACAUGUACGCCAUGAACCUUGCACGCUACAGACUCUACCCAGAGGUCAAAAGCCGGGGCCUGUGGAGUCUCCCGCAACUCACCAUCUUUACAUCCCCUGAGAGCCAUUACUCUGUGAAAAAGGGGGCCGCAUUUAUGGGUUUUGGGAUGGACAAUGUCAUCUUGGUAAAAGUGGAUGAUGGAGGUCGCAUGAUCCCAGAAGACCUGGAUGAAAAAAUAGAGCUUUCAAAAUCUCAGGGCGCAGCUCCAUUCCUUGUGAGCUGCACAUCGGGCACUACGGUACAAGGGGCCUUUGAUCCACUGCAUCGCAUAGCCGAUAUUUGUGACAAACACAAGCUGUGGCUGCAUGUUGACGCUGCCUGGGGAGGAAGCGUGCUGUUUUCCAAAAAACACAGGCAUCUGAUGAAAGGAGUUCACAGGGCAAACUCAGUAGCCUGGAAUCCACACAAGAUGCUGGUCGCUGGCCUGCAAUGUUCUGUUCUGCUGCUUAAGGAUACAACGGACUUACUGAAGAAGUGCCACUGUGCAAAUGCAACAUAUCUGUUCCAGCAAGACAAAUUUUAUGAUGUGAAUCUGGAUGUUGGGGAUAAAUCUGUGCAGUGCAGCCGCAAGGUGGACUGUCUGAAGCUGUGGCUGAUGUGGAAAGCAGUCGGCUCAGCUGGGCUGGAACAGCGUGUAGACAAAGCUUUUCUCCAUGCAAGGUAUGUGGUGGAUCAAAUGAAGAAAAGAGAGGGGUUCCAACUUUUGAGGGAACCGGAGUUUGUGAAUGUGUGCUUUUGGUUCAUCCCGCCAAGUCUGAGAGGGAAGGAAAAAAAUGCAGACUACCAGAACAGGCUGGCAAAGGUUGCUCCAGUAAUCAAGGAACGUAUGAUGAAACAAGGCACCAUGAUGGUCGGCUACCAACCUCUUGGAGACAGGGUCAACUUUUUCCGCAUCACCAUAUUGUCACCACUGGUUUCCCAAAAAGACAUGGACUUCUUCCUUGAUGAAAUUGAAAGACUGGGAAAUGAUUUAUGACAAAAAAUAAUUGUUAUCACAAAUUAAGUGAUGAUUAAGUGUACUGUACGAGUAUAGCGGUACGACACAACACUGGUACACAACAUACGUGGAUAAAUAAAUAAAUAAAUACACCGUUACCCACAA